GCCCCCGCCGGGGCUGAGGGGCUGCCGGGGCGCCCCGCGGCGCGGCCGUGAGCGGCAGGAUGAGCGCUCCCGCCCUGCUGCCGCUGGCCGGGCGCAGGCUGCCCGCCCUCAACCUGGGCGCCUCGUCCUUCCCUCACCACAGGGCUACCCUGAGGCUGUCGGAGAAAUUCAUCCUGCUCCUUAUCCUGAGUGCCUUCAUCACGCUGUGCUUCGGGGCGUUCUUCUUCCUGCCCGACUCCUCGAAGCACAAGCGCUUUGACCUGGGGCUGGAGGACGUGCUCAUCCCUCACGUGGACGCCAGCAAGGGGGGCAAGCACUUGGGAGGCUUCCUGAUCCACGGGCAGGGGCACGACGAGCACCGGCACAGAGAAGAAGAGGAGCGUCUGAGAAAUAAGAUCCGAGCAGAUCAUGAAAAGGCCCUGGAAGAGGCAAAGGAGAAAUUGAAGAAAUCGCGUGAUGAGAUUCAAGCUGAGAUUCAGACUGAAAAGAACAAAGUAGUGCAAGAACUGAAAAAGAAAGACAGCAAGCCACUGCCCCCUGUUCCUUUACCAAAUCUUAUAGGGAUAAACAGUGGAGAACCAGCAGACCCAGAUAUUCGGGAGAAGAGGAACAAAAUUAAAGAGAUGAUGAAGCAUGCCUGGGACAAUUAUAGGCAAUAUGGAUGGGGACAUAAUGAGCUCAAACCAAUUGCCAGGAAAGGACAUUCCACCAACAUAUUUGGAAACUCACAAAUGGGUGCUACCAUAGUAGAUGCACUGGAUACUCUUUAUAUAAUGGGGCUUCAUGAUGAAUUCCGAGAAGGACAAGAAUGGAUUGACAAGAAUCUCGAUUUCAGUGUGAAUUCUGAAGUAUCUGUUUUUGAGGUCAAUAUUCGCUUCAUUGGAGGCCUUCUAGCAGCGUACUACCUUUCAGGACAAGAGGUUUUCAAGAUCAAAGCAGUGCAGCUGGCAGGAAAACUUCUUCCAGCCUUCAACACACCUACGGGUAUACCAUGGGCAAUGGUAAAUCUGAAAAGCGGUGUGGGUCGGAACUGGGGCUGGGCUUCUGCAGGCAGCAGCAUCCUUGCUGAGUUUGGUACUCUACAUAUGGAAUUUGUCCACCUAAGCUAUUUAACAGGAGACCCGGUAUAUUACAACAAGGUCAUGCACAUUCGGAAGUUACUCCAAAAAAUGGAUCGUCCUAAUGGACUUUAUCCAAAUUAUUUGAACCCAAGAACAGGCCGGUGGGGUCAGCAUCACACAUCUGUGGGCGGGCUGGGAGACAGUUUUUAUGAAUAUUUAUUGAAAGCCUGGCUUAUGUCAGACAAAACGGACACAGAAGCAAGAAAAAUGUACGACGAUGCCAUUGAGGCCAUAGAAAAACACCUCAUCAGAAAGUCCAAUGGAGGACUGACCUUCAUUGGAGAGUGGAAGAAUGGGCACCUUGAGAGAAAGAUGGGCCAUUUGACCUGUUUUGCAGGGGGAAUGUUUGCCCUUGGAGCAGAUGGUUCCCGAGAUGACAAAGCUGGACAUUACUUGCAACUUGGAGCUGAAAUUGCACAUACUUGUCAUGAGUCAUAUGACAGAACAACAUUAAAGCUGGGUCCAGAAGCAUUCAAAUUUGAUGGUGGUGUAGAGGCAGUGGCAGUGCGUCAGAAUGAAAAGUAUUAUAUCCUAAGACCGGAGGUGAUUGAGACCUACUGGUAUAUGUGGAGAUUCACGCACGAUCCCAAGUACAGGCAGUGGGGCUGGGAGGCAACACAGGCAAUUGACAAGUAUUGCCGAGUUAGUGGUGGCUUCUCUGGCGUCAAGGAUGUCUACUCAUCAUCUCCUACAUAUGACGAUGUACAGCAGAGCUUUUUCCUUGCUGAAACGUUGAAGUAUUUGUAUCUGCUUUUCUCCAACGAUGACCUUCUCCCAUUAGACAACUGGGUUUUUAACACAGAAGCUCAUCCCCUGCCUGUUUUACAUUUAGCAAACACCACACUUUCAGGAAAUCCUGCUUAUCGAUAAAAUCAGCUCUAAGAAGAGGAAGAGAAACUUUUCAGCUGUUUUGUUUACAACUGAGACUUUAAGCAGGAGAGGAAAUGGACACUUGAGAAAUCUUGACUUCUGAGUCAAGUACAGGCGUGAGAAACAAAGCUCUUCAACAUAUAGAUGAGUAAAACUGAAACAAAGUUCUGUUUUAUAUAUGACCAAAACACAGGUAUGGUAUUUGCAGGACAGAGACUUCAAGUGCUUUGAACCCUAGCAAGAAAUGGAAUCCACUGUUUAAAGUAAAUGCAGCAGCAUGAGGAAGAAGAGGCUUUCCUGUUUAGGGACAGGAACUUGCAGCUGCUGCUGUUGGCUGUUCUAAGGCACAGCGUACCAGUCAUCUCUUCAGAUCGGGUGGGUUCCAAAUACUUUGAUUUUUUUUCUUUUUAUUUUUGUUUGAUGAUGGCAUGAACAAAGCAACAACAAAAAGCAACAUCACUGCACCAGCAGCAGCAGGAUUUGAAUUUUUUUGUGUACCUGUCUGACAUUUCUAAGGAACAUCAGUUUGCCCAGACUGGCAGCCAUUCUUGGGGACUUCAAACUAUUAAAACUAAACUAUAAAAACUAUUACUUUCUCAUUUUCCCUUUUCAAAGCAGUGUUGAAAGUUCUGUGUUGUAUGGUCACACUCAAGAAAGCAAUGAAUAAGCAUUUAGUUUGUAGUUUGCUGUCAACAACAAAGGCUUAGCUCAUUUUGCAAUUUGUGGUUAGAGUGUGGAGCAUAACAUCGGGUGGGAUAAGAGACUAAGCGUUCUUUCUUUGUAAAUCCAUCACGUGGAAAGUCCACAUUCUCUUGUUUUUCUUGUUUCUUCUAGUCAAAUUUGCAGAGAUAAAAACUUGAGAAAAACAGUCUCAUAAUUUAUAUAGCAAGGCAUAGGAUACGACAUUUAAAAAUGCUCCCCUUCAGCUAAGCAGCAGGAGUUUGUUGUUUUACGUUUUUCCACACAAUAUGGAUUUUUCCUAAAAAUUAAUUUCACUCUUUAUUUCUGCGUAUGACAGAAGCCAAAAACUGCCUUUGAUUUAGUCUAGAAAACUCCUUUCCGUUUGGGUGACCUGCAACGGUGCAAAGCCAACAUGAUUGUCUUUGAAAACAGCAUAACAUCUCUUACACAUGAGUGGAAAAAGAAACUGCAGAUUCUCUUCAAUUAGUUGAUAAGAAAUGAGAUGCAGUUUCCUUUUUUUUUUUUUUCCCUCGAGUACUCGAAGGCUGGAGUAGUUCAAAUACAUUGAAAUUGGGCUUGACAGUAUCAGUUGAGCCUGAGUCUUCACAGUUUUUGCUAAAAGAAAUUUAUCCUUUUCAAGUAUUUCUUCAUUGAUCGAUAUUUUUUUUAGUGUUUCAGAAUCCUUACAUAAUUAUUUUUACUCCCCUUUAUAUCUCUCACAUCCUUUUGCCACAUUUCCAGCAUUUGUGCUGGAAAAGAGCAGUGAGGUGCUUUGUUCCCUCCUAAUUUGUGCAUGGGUUGAAUCUUUCAAAAAUUCUGAUUGUCUUUUCAAACUCAAGUGAGUGAAAGAAUUGUCUUUAGUGAACUACAGCAGUGCAGCACCAUGUCUAAAGGGACUGAGUAUCCUCUCCCUCUCAAGAAUGUUUAUAUAUGAAAUUUCAUAUAUAAAAACCUUCUCCCAAUAUCACAUUAUAAUUUUUCUGACCAUACAUUGAAGUAGGAUUUCCCAUAGUGUUUUUCCUCACUUCUCUUCGACAGUAAUUUAUGCAUAGCAUUUUUUCCUAGGUCAUGUGAGUAUUUCUAUCAGACUCCGUCCUCCAGACUGUCACUUCAGUUUAAGAGGAGGAAGACAUAGACCUUAGAAAACAAUCUGAUCUCAACAUUUUUGCCUUCGUACCAAUUAGUUAGUUAUUGUAAUUUGCAGCAGUAUCUUAAAAAUAAUUUGAGAGCUGAUAAAGUAAUUGAUGUAGUAAAUAAUACUGAUUCAAGCAAUUGUUAAGUGAGAAGUAUCUUAGUAAAUGGUUUCUUCUUAUUGGUCGCACAUGAAUUAAUUUGUCCUAAAUCUCUUAGGUACCAAGGAGAAAUACGAAAGAUAGAUUCCUUUAUCUUUGUUGUUUUUGAUUUUUCUUUUCUUUUUUUUUUUUUUUUAAGAGUGAGAGAAAAGGCACUUUCCAUCCUAGGCUGUCAUCAUACACUUCCUGGUAAAUGCAGAUGUAGAAUGGCUGCCAGUCUGUUCAGAGACAAAAUUCUGUCAGAGUCCCAGAAACAGCAAAUUUCUUACCAUUAUUGGACGCUCUGCCACACCCCUCAUGUGAACACACCCCUCAUGUGAAGAGUUGUUAUUCAAAUUCCUCCAUGAAUCCCAGUGUGUUAAUUCACUGCCACAAGAAUGCUUGAAUUGAGGACCUAAGCCAUUUCAUGUUAUGGGAUGGUAUUUUUCUCAAAGCAAAUGUACAGUACUGCUAUUUCUUCUUUGUGUAGACAAACAGCAGGUACCAAAUAAAGGACAUUUGUUUCUCAUUUU